AUGGUACUCGCACAGAAGGACCUCGCCCUCCUGCUUGCCCACGCCAAAACCAAGCGACAACGGCGCUUCGUUUCCGCAGUCAUUGCAGCGCAAGUUGUGGAACGACCACUCAUCCCGGACGUGCGUUUUGACCUCAACGCCAUGUCCGAUGCCAAUGCCCUCCUCGAGUUUCGCUUUGACGUCGCUGGGGUUCAACAGUUGGGUUUCCUCUUGGGCUUGCCGGCCGUGGUGAUCACGACUGCACGGAAUCGAGUGCUGCGCGACGAGGCCAUCUGCAUCCUGCUUUCACGCAUGGCGUUCCCGACUCGUCUGUUCGACAUGGCCAGGACUUUCGGCCGCUCCCGCCCAGUGCUCUGCGAUGUGUUUUUGCAUGUGCUAAACGAAAUAUACGACCGUUGGAACCACCUGUUGUACUUCAACUACAAGCUCCUUCAACGCAACGUCGAUCGCUACUGUGCUGCAAUCCAUCGAAAAGUUACUGUUCCGGACGGACUGUGUGCCCACUUCUUUGGACCCAUCGAGGGCCGCCGACACGAUACGACCAUGCUUCGCGAGCGUAGGCUAUUGGGCUACUUAGCAAACCAUCCCGAGGUGUUUUCGAGGAAAGUCAUCUAUGGCGAUCCAGCGUACGGGGUGUCCGAGCACAUGCUGUCCGGGUUCAAAGGCAAUGGUCUCAGUACCAUGCAACGAGAUUUCAACAAGUGGAUGAGUCGGCUAGAGUUGUUUCAGUUGCAAUGCUUCUGA